UAUAUGCACAUUAAAAGUUUUAAGACUGUUCAAAAAUUUAUUUUCACAGGAUACAGGGAAAGUGCGUUUGUGUUUGCCAUCUCCGCUGCCGGUGUAGCUCAUAAUGUUGCUCGAGCUUGCAGUCAAGGACGGCUGGUGUCCUGCGGUUGUGAUCCUUCAAUUAAUAGGAAAACGCUAAACAGAAAUCUUAGAAGAAGCCUUGAUAAGGAGAAGAAGCUAUUUCUCCAAUACUUAGAAACAAACCAAAUAUUAACACCUGAAGAGGAGAAGAAGUACGAAAGGGCGAAAAUUACCAGCCGCUGGAAAUGGGGAGGAUGUUCUCAUAAUAUGGACUUUGGUGUUGAGUUUUCUAAGCUAUUUUUGGAUUGCCGCGAGAAGGCUGGAGAUGUACAAUCAAAAAUUAACCUGCAUAAUAAUAAUGCUGGACGAAUC